AUGACUAUUUCGAGAACAAGAGUACUUUUCUGGAUUGUACUAGCUACUGUGUUCUGCACCAUCGCAAAUGCUCUGCCUCCUACGCAUGUUAUUCAUGAGAAACGAGAUCGUGUUUUGUCAGAAUGGAGAUCGGUUGGCCAACCGAAACCAGAAUCGCUGUUGCUCGUCCGAAUUGGACUAAAACAGAACAACCUGCACCGGGCGAAUGAGUAUUUACUGGACGUGUCCCAUCCUCAAUCUUCAAACUAUGGAAAGUACUGGUCUGCAGACCGGAUUAUUGAUACAUUUUCACCCUCCGACCAUACCAUCGCGCUGGCGAGGGCAUGGCUAAUCGAGUCCGGCAUCAGCGAUGCACGCAUAUCCUUGAAUCGUAAUAAAGGAUGGCUAGAGCUUGUGGCCACGGCCAAAGAGGCGGAAGAAUUGCUACACACUCAAUAUUUCCAGUAUUGGAAUGCGCAGACAGGCCAGUCUGUUCUUAUCUGCGAACAGUAUCAUGUACCGCACGGCAUCCAGGAUCAUAUUGAUUACAUAGAACCAGGGAUCAGACUCCCAGCAUUCCAACAGCAGCAACCAUUCCUUCACAAACGGGACAAUAUCCUGAUCCACGGUGCUUCAGGGCAAAUGCACCUUCCCGACUCAGAUAACCCUGACGUGCUCACAUCACUAGGUUGUGACAAGCUAAUCACCCCGGACUGCAUCAGAGCUAUGUACAAGAUUCCACUUGCCACCAAGUCUCAUCCUCAAAACUCUUUGGGGAUAUUUCAGGAAGACAACUAUUUCCAUGCUGAAGAUCUGGACUUAUUUUUCGAAAACCAGACGACCAAUAUUCCACCGGGUACUCGGCCUCUAGAGGCCAUGAUUGCCAACGCCGAUGGAGGUGGAUCGCCAUCAAAAUUUGGUCUCGAGUCAGCAUUAGACCUCCAAGUGGCGUAUCCCAUUGUUCACCCGCAAACAAUCACAGUUUACCAGACAAAUGAUCACCUUGAUGCUCAGGAUUCAUCUCGAGGUUUUCUUGACAGUUUUCUAAAUGCGAUUGAUGGGUCAUACUGCACAGACUGUGCUUCAAAACAUUGUGGUGAUGGCAAAAGAGCCAAUCCCAACCCUUCUUCUGAGUCUGACAGCCGGGUACUCUGCGGCAUCUACAAACCAGCCAACGUCAUUUCGAUAUCGUAUGGAGGUCCCGAGCAGAACUUCCCAGUUCCGUAUCAGAGACGACAGUGCAAUGAGUACAUGAAGCUCGGUCUUCAAGGGGUGUCAGUCCUAUUUGCUUCGGGUGACAAUGGUGUCGCAGGCCAUGACGGCUGUCUAGGUCCAAGUCAGGACAUAUUCAGCCCAACUUUCCCAGCCAAGUCCGUUCCCACGCCUCAUAACAUGGUAUUAAUGAAAGUUAACAUAACAACAUCUAGCUGUCCGUACGUAACUUCCGUGGGAGGUACAAAGGUGCUACCAGAACAUACGCCUUCCGAACCCGAAAGUGCUCUAUACAACAGUGAUGGAAAGAAUAUCCUAUCAUCCGGCGGUGGCUUUAGCAACGUGUUCCAAGCUCCAUCUUAUCAGGAAGCAGCUAUCUCCAAAUACUUUGCCACUUCUAAUCCAAACUAUCCCUUCUAUGAGGGAAAUUGGACAUCUGGAGGCGACUCUGGUCUGUAUAAUCGUCUUGGCCGGGGCUACCCCGACGUGGCUGCAGUUGCCGAUAAUAUUGCGCUUUGGUAUGAGGGUAAAUUCGGUCACACAGGGGGAACUAGUGCGAGUACGCCGAUAUUCGCGGCCAUAAUUAACCGCAUUGUCGAUGAGCGGCUGGCGAUUGGGAAGGGUCCUCUCGGCUUCCUAAAUCCGGUGCUCUAUGACAAUGAAUGGGCUCUUAAUGACAUCGUGGACGGAUCAAACCCAGGAUGUGGAACCGAGGGAUUCACGGCAGCUGUAGGGUGGGAUCCGGUGACAGGAUUGGGGACACCAGACUACGAAAAGAUGUCACAGUUGUUUCUUGACCUUCCAUGA